AUGCAUCUUUACAAUGCAUGGCUUCCACCGCCGGUGGCUGAAGAGUCUAAGAAAGAGAAAGAGUCCUUCUCUUGGGUCGUCUCCUCCGUCAAAGGCUCGUACAAACCCGACGAUCCUGAAUCCGUCUAUUCAACUCUCAAAUGGGUUUCUGUUAUCGACCUUUUUGUCAAGGCAAAAAGUGACGUAUCUUUGGAAGAUGUAACUGCUCUUGUUGAAUUUGGAUUGGAACUGUUUCAUGUGUCGCAAAAUAAGCUUUAUGCCCAGGUUAGAUGGGGAAACAUCCUUGUCAAAUUACUCAAUAAGCACCGAAAGAAGUUGUCCUUGAAAGUAAAAUGGCGGCCUUUGUAUGAUACUUUGAUCCAUACACAUUUCACUAGGAAUACAGGUCCCGAAGGCUGGAGAUUGAGACAAAGACAUUUUGAGACUACUACUUCUCUUGUUCGGUCCUGCCGGAAGUUCUUCCCACGAGGUUCUGCCUUUGAGAUAUGGUCUGAGUUUAGAUCUUUAUUGGAAAAUCCAUGGCAUAAUUCAUCCUUUGAGGGAUCUGGGUUUGUUAGGCUGUUUCUUCCCACAAACUUGGAUAACCAGGAAUUCUUUUCGCACGGUUGGAUCAAAGAGUUUUUGCACCUAUGGGACUCGAUACCGAAUUGCCAAUUUUGGAACAGUCAAUGGGCAGCUGUUAUAGCUCGUGUUGUAAAGAACUACAACUUUAUUGAUUGGGAGUGUUACUUGCCCGCACUUUUCACCAGAUACUUAAAUAUGUUUGAGGUUCCUGUGGCAAAUGGAAGUGGAUCAUAUCCCUUUUCUGUGGAUGUUCCAAGAAACACAAGGUUCUUGUUCUCCAAUAAAACAGCUACCCCAGCAAAGGCCAUUGCAAAGUCAAUUGUCUAUUUGCUAAAGCCUGGUAGCUCGGCACAGGAGCACUUUGAAAAAUUGGUCAACCUCUUAGAACAAUAUUACCAUCCUUCUAAUGGUGGUCGCUGGACUUAUGCAUUAGAACGUUUUCUGCUCUAUUUGGCUGACCAGUAUCUAGGAAGAUCAGAAAGGAUUUUCUUUGUCAAUGUGGUGCUGAAGUUAAUUGAUCGUGGUCAAUAUAGCAAGAAUGAACAUCUUUCUGAGACAGUUGCUGCCGCAACUUCAAUUUUGUCUUAUGUGGAGCCUUCUCUUGUCCUUCCUUUUGUUGCAUCUCGCUUCCAUAUGGCCUUAGAGACGAUGACUGCCACCCACCAGUUGCAGAUUGCAGUGAUGUCGGUAGCAUUUGUUGGGCGUUCAUUAUUCCUCUCAUCCCUAUCAAGUUCUGCAGUAAAACCAGUUGAUCCUGGUAGUGGUGAUGAGUUCAUUGAUCUUCUGGUGGUUUCACUAUCCAAUGCAUUACUUGGUAUGGACGCGAAUGAUCCUCCUAAAACCUUGGCAACAAUGCAAUUAAUUGGUUCUAUAUUUUCCAAUAUGUCUUCAUUGGAUGAUGACAUUGAUGAGUUAUCAGUCAUGCCAAUGAUUCAAUUUUCUGAAUGGUUAGAUGAGUUCUUAUGUCGCCUAUUUUCCUUACUCUUACACCUGGAACCCAGCAGUGUUACGAAUGAAGGCCUACAUUCAUCAGCAACGUCAGGAACUUUUCUGGUCGAGGAGGGUCCUUACUACUAUUGUAUGCUUGAAAUCUUGUUUGGGAGACUCUCACGACCUCUCUAUAAUCAGGCUUUGAAGAAGAUCUCCAAGUUUGUGAAGACAAAUAUUCUUCCUGGGGCAAUUGCAGAGGUUGGACUGCUUUGUUGUGCCUGCGUUCAUUCUAACCCAGAAGAGGCAGUUACUCAACUUGUUGAGCCAAUUUUACUGUCUGUUAUAUCUUCUUUAGAAGGAACACCAGCUACAGGAUUUGGAGGUAGAGGAAUGUGCGAUGCCUCAGUUUCAACAAAGGUCAAACCAACAAUUUCUCCAGCUCUUGAAACAGCAAUCGACUAUCAAUUAAAAGUAUUAUCAGUUGCUAUAAGUUAUGGAGGUCCUGCACUUCUGCGCUAUAAGGAUCACUUCAAAGAGGCGAUUAUUUCUGCUUUUGAGUCCCCAUCUUGGAAGGUCAAUGGAGCUGGUGAUCAUCUUCUUCGAUCCCUUCUUGGAAGCCUGAUUCUUUAUUAUCCUAUUGAUCAAUACAAGUGCAUUUUGCAUCAUCCAAAUGCUGCUGCAUUAGAGGAAUGGAUCAGCACCAAAGAUUAUUCAGAUGAUAAACCAAUCGUGGCUCCCAAGUGGCAUAUCCCAAGUGUUGAAGAAGUUGAAUUUGCAAAUGAACUUUUGGACCUUCAUUUUCGGUUGGCUUUGGAUGAUCUUUUGAGAAUAUGUGAAACUAAAGUCCAUUCUGAUCCAGGAGAUGAGAAAGAGCACUUGAAAGUGACUCUUCUACGUAUAGAUUCUUCAUUGCAAGGUGUUUUGUCUUGCUUGCCUGACUUCACCCCAUCCUCCAGGAAUGGGAUUGUUGAACAUCCAAAUCAGGCUUCUUUUCUAAUAGCUGGAGCAACAGGUUCAAGUGUUGGCAGCACUAAAUUGCGGGAAAAAGCUACUGAGAUUAUACAUGCAGCCUGCAAAUAUAUACUAGACAAAAAAGCAGAUGACAGCAUUCUGUUGAUACUCAUUAUUCGUAUUAUGGAUGCCUUAGGAAACUAUGGAAGUUUGGAGUAUGAUGAAUGGUCAAAUCACAGGCAGGCAUGGAAAUUAGAAUCGGCUGCCAUUAUAGAGCCUUCAAUAAACUUUAUAGUUUCAGCUCAGUCUAAGGGGAAGAGAAGGCCGCGGUGGGCACUUAUUGACAAGGCAUUCAUGCACAGUACCUGGAGAUCAUCACAAUCAUCCUAUCAUGUAUAUCGUACUAAUGCAAAUUUCGGUCCACCAGACCAUGUGAAUCUUUUGGUGGAUAAUCUUCUAAAUCUUACAUUGCAUAGCUAUGAAACAGUUCGUGUGCUUGCUGGGAAAGCUCUUUUAAAGAUGAUAAAGAGAUGGCCAUCUAUGAUUUCAAAGUGCGUUCUUUCUCUAACUGAGAACUUAAGGAGUCCUAAGUCACCAGAAUAUGUGGUGCUAGGUUCAUGUGCUGUCCUUGCCACACAGACAGUUCUCAAGCAUUUGACAAUGGACCCGAAGGCAUUCUCUUCAUUCAUCCUUGGAAUUCUUUCAAGCUCUCAUCAUGAAUCACUGAAAACCCAGAAGGCAAUCAAUGAGCUUUUUGUCAAAUACAACAUCUACUUUGCUGGAGUAUCUAGAAGCAUUUUCACAACAUCAGGGAAUCAUACAGAUGCACCAGAUUUUUCAGAUUUGGUUUCUCAGAUCACUUCUAUGAGUUUUGAUUCUAUUGGCUUGCAUUGGAGGUACAAUCUGAUGGCUAACAGGGUUCUACUCCUGUUGGCAAUGGCAUCUAGGAAUGACCCAAAUUCCUCCUCAAAAAUUUUGAGUGAAACUGCUGGUCACUUCUUAAAGAAUUUAAAAAGUCAGCUUCCUCAGACAAGGAUACUUGCAAUAUCAGCUUUAAAUACACUGUUAAAAGAAUCGCCUUAUAAACUCUCACCUGAAGAACAGGCUUCCCCCUCUGGGAAUUUGCACGGAAGUAGAAAGUCAUCCCUCGAAGGAGAAUUAACCCAAAUAUUUCAGGAAGAUGGUUUUUUCAGUGAGACCUUGACCAGUCUUUCUCAUGUUCACAUAGUUACUGAUACUGAAAGCACAUCUUCUAGAGGAAACCAUGGGAGUUCUUUUCAGAGCCUAGCAGACAAAUCAAUCACCCGUUUUUAUUUUGAUUUUACCGCUUCAUGGCCACGUACUCCUACUUGGAUCUCUUUAUUAGGAAGUGACACAUUUUACUCAAACUUUGCGAGAAUUUUCAAGCGGCUAAUACAAGAAUGUGGCAUGCCUGUUUUAUUGGCACUUAAAAGCUCAUUGGAGGAGUUUGCAAAUGCGAAGGAGAGGUCUAAGCAGUGUGUUGCAGCUGAAGCAUUGGCUGGAAUAUUGCAUUCUGAUGUUAACGGUAUUUCAGUAGCAUGGGAGAAUUGGAUUUUGGUCCAGUUGCAGAAUAUCGUUCUAUCACAAUCAGUAGAAUCAAUACCUGAGUGGGCAGCCUGUAUACGUUAUGCUGUUACUGGGAAAGGGAAACAUGGAACAAGAGUGCCUCUUUUGAGACAACCAGUACUGGAUUGUUUGGCCACACCUUUACCUCGAACGGUAACUACUACUGUAGUUGCCAAGCGCUAUGCUUUUCUUUCGGCUGCACUUAUUGAAUUAUCUCCACAGAGAAUGCCAUUAACUGAAGUACAGCUCCAUUAUAGACUUCUGGAGGAGUUGCUCGGUAACAUGUGCCAUUCAUCUGCCCAAGUAAGAGAAGCUAUAGGUGUUACCCUUUCUGUGUUGUGCUCUAACAUCCAACUGUAUGAAUCAUUUGAUCAUGAACAUUCACACGCGGAGGAAAGAAGAGAUGUUGCCAAGCAAUUUGAUGGGAGAAGUUGGGUUCAGUUUCUAAAAGAGCGAGCAUCUGAAGUGCUAAUAAAUAUUCAGAAUACCACCCAGUCUGACAGUUUGGAGACCCCAGCAACUAUCAGUCCUGAAAAUGGGCAUUUAAAUGGUGAUUCACAGGAUGAUGUCAAAUGGAUGGAAACGCUUUUCCAUUUUAUCAUCUCAUCUUUGAAGUCUGGGCGAGCUUCGUAUCUGCUGGAUGUAAUUGUGGGACUUCUUUAUCCUGUAAUAUCAUUGCAGGAAACUUCAAAUAAAGAUUUGUCAACUUUAGCCAAGGCAUCUUUUGAAUUGCUGAAGUGGAGAGUUUUCUGGGGACCUCAUCUCCAGGAGGCUGUGUCCGUGAUUCUUUCUUCUGCCAAUGACUCUAACUGGCGAAUUAGAUCUGCAACACUUACAUAUCUGAGAACUUUUAUGUAUAGGCACACUUACAUUCUCUCAAGUACGGAGAAACAACAAAUUUGGAGAACUGUUGAAAAGCUACUUGUAGACAACCAAGUUGAGGUAAGAGAACAUGCUGCUGCAGUAUUAGCAGGCCUAAUGAAGGGUGGAGAUGAAGAUUUAGCUAAAGACUUUCGUGAUAAAGCUUACACCGAAGCUACUAUUCUUCAGAGGAAGAGAAAGCGAAGAAGUUUAAGCUCGAGCCAGUCCAUAGCUUCCAUUCAUGGCGCUGUACUUGCUUUGGUAGCUUCUGUGUUAUCAGCCCCUUAUGAUAUGCCUAGUUGGUUACCUGAGCAUGUUACUUUACUCGCUCGUUUUGGUGGAGAGCCAUCGCCAGUGAAAUCCACAGUUACAAAAGCAGUUGCAGAGUUUCGACGUACCCAUGCUGAUACAUGGAAUAUUCAGAAAGAUUCAUUUACUGAAGAGCAACUUGAGGUUCUGGCUGAUACAUCUUCUUCUUCUUCAUAUUUUGCAUGA